UGAAAACUCGCUCUCGCCUCGCCCCGGUCCACGGCCUUCGGCGCCGUCGCCGACCGUCGGCGCCGACGCCGACCGUCGGCGCCGACCCGACCAGACCUCCGGCCCCGACCACCGGUCCCCGGCGUUGACUGCCGUCGCCGGCCGAACGGCUUUCUCUCUCUCCCUAUCCUCUCUCUCUCGCCUCGGUCCCCGGCCUCGUCGCCGUUGCCGACCUUCGGCGCCGACCCGAUUCGACCUCCGGCCCCGACCACCGAUCAACGGCGCCGACCCCCGUCGCCGACCGCCUGUUCCAGUCCCUCCCCCCGCUGGUCACCCCCCCUUCUCUGUCCAUACCCCCCACCCCCCUCCUCUAGCGCCGGUACAACAGCCCAACAGUCGAAGCUCGGUCUUCAACCGCAACUCCGUCGGCACCCGCCGCUCGGUCGCCAGCAGCCGCAGAUCCGUCUCAGCAGCGAAAUCCCCCGGUAGCAGGUCGACGCGGGGCUUGGUUACCGGCUCGGUCUACAAGCGAAACCCA